AUGCCUCCUCCACACCAGCGCUAUCAGCCUCUUGAUGGCCUUGACCCAGGCCAGCCGCCGCAGCCGAUUCAGCACCGCCAGCAACAUCGGUCAUGCCUUCUCCUCCACGACAACUCUACCAUCCCCGCUGAUGAAGCCCCUCCCUCCGCCGGGUCUGUGAUGCGGGAAGGUUUUGCUGCUCUCAAUGAGAGGUUCGAUCGAUUGCUAGCAUUGCGGGAGAAGAAGGAAUCCAACAUGCAGCUCGUCAAUGGCACCAACGGGGUAGGAAGCGGCAACCAACUCAAGGCCAAAAUCAAUUGGCCCCAAUUGCUCAAGGAAGAGAUCGAUGCUACCGGCGAAAUGAAAACGGUGCUCGGGCCAAUGGUCUUUGUAGACAGCACUGCACCAGCACCACCUGGGAGGCGAAAUAGGAUCAGAGUUCAAUCUGCUGGGUUGUCCUCUGGAGCCUACAACGUUGCCGACUCCGACCGACCGUCCACGCCGGCUGGAGUUACAGAGCUCCUCGAUCUCUUGCCCUUUCCUUUUUCUCGAAUCAUCCCGACUGGCAACUAUCUGCACAGAAUGGGCGACGCCUCUUCCUCUCCAUCGGCUUGUGCUCUCCUGUCGCUGCAAUCCCGGCUUCUUUCUCCGAACUACAGCAGUAGCAACAGCAGCAAGGGGCAUCUACAUGAAGAGUCCACGACGGGAGAGACACUGUCGGCGCCGAUUCAGAAGCGUGCCGUCGUUGAGAUCCGCCGGAUUAGGAACCGAAGAAACAAGGACGGUUACGAGGUCGACGAGUAAUGGAAAAAUAGGGAGAAGAGGAGUCGCCGCCGACACAUCUGAGUGUCGCCGGCGGCGACGAUGAUGCCGACAAGAAAAUGGUCACUUGGUCUAGGACACAGCGUCAGAAAUAAACAGAGGCAACAGAAAGAAGAGUGCAAAAUCAAGCCAUCAAAUUCUUUCCAGUGAAAGCAAUAAUGGCGGUCAAGACCAGCAAUCUCGCACUCAUCCUUCUGAUUGUGUCAGCUUUCCUUCUGGCAGCAUCAGCAGCCGCGGCAGCGGACGGAGAAGGGACUCCGAAGCUCGGGACGGUGAUCGGAAUCGACCUAGGAACAACCUACUCGUGUGUGGCCGUAUCGAGAAACGGCCACGUGGAGAUCAUCGCCAACGACCAAGGCAACCGGAUCACACCCUCGUGGGUCGGGUUCACGGACUCGGAGCGCCUCAUCGGCGAGGCCGCCAAGAAUCAGGCACCUCAGAAUCCAGAACGCACCAUCUUCGACGCCAAACGCCUCAUCGGAAGAAGGUUUGAUGAUCCGGAGGUUCAGAAGGAUUUGAAAUUACUCCCUUACAGAGUUGUGAACAAGAACGGGAAGCCGUACGUUGAAGUGAGAAAAGACGGAGAGACCAAAACAUUUAGCCCCGAGGAAAUUAGCGCCACGGUGUUGACCAAGAUGAAGGAGACUGCUGAAUCUUUCCUGGGAGAGAAGGUUAAACACGCAGUCAUCACCGUUCCAGCUUACUUCAACGACGCGCAGAGACAAGCGACCAAGGAUGCAGGGACAAUAGCAGGGCUGAACGUGGUCCGAAUCAUCAACGAGCCGACCGCGGCGGCGAUCGCCUACGGGCUGGACCAGAAGGGGAAAGAGAAGAACAUCCUGGUCUUCGACCUCGGCGGCGGGACAUUCGACGUCAGCAUCCUGACCAUCGACAAUGGAGUCUUCGAGGUGCUGGCGACCAGCGGCGACACUCAUUUAGGAGGGGAAGAUUUCGACCACAGAGUAAUGGACUACUUCAUCAAGCUGAUCCAGAGGAAGCACGGGAAAGACAUUAGCAAGGACAACAAGGCCCUGGGGAAGCUGCGGAGGGAGUGCGAGCGAGCCAAGAGGGCGCUGAGCAGCCAGCACCAGGUCCGAGUCGAGAUCGAGUCGCUGUUCGACGGGGUCGAUUUCUCCGAGCCCCUCACCAGGGCCAAGUUCGAGGAGAUGAACAUGGACCUGUUCAAGAAGACAUUGAGGCCCGUGAAGAAGGCGAUGGAGGAUGCGAGGCUGAACAAGUCGGAGAUCCAAGAGAUCGUGCUCAUCGGAGGGAGCACUCGGAUUCCCAAGGUUAGGGAGCUGCUCAAGGAGAUGUUUGAUGGCAAGGAGCCGAACCAAGGUGUGAAUCCUGAUGAAGCUGUAGCUUAUGGCGCGGCGGUCCAAGGUGGCAACCUCGGCGGAGAUCAAGCCAACACUCGAGACAUACUUCUAAUUGAUCUAACUCCCCUGAGUCUGGGUAUUGAAACUGUUGGUGGAGUUAUGACUAAAUUGAUCCCAAGGAACACUGCCAUUCCCGCUAAGAAGUCACAAGUGUUCAGCACAUACCAAGACCAACAAACAACCGUAUCGAUCAAGGUGUACCAAGGAGAAAGAGCCCUGACCAAGGACUGCAAGGAGCUAGGCCAAUUCGACCUCUCUGGCAUCCCACCCGCACCAAGAGGCGUGCCUCAGAUCCAAGUGAGGUUCGAAGUGGAUGUGAAUGGGAUCCUGAGCGUGACAGCUGAAGACAAGGCGGCGAAGAAGUCGCAAUCGCUGACGAUCACGAACCACAAGGGGACAUUGAGCCAGGAGGAGAUAGAGAUGAAGGUGAAGGAGGCCCAAGAGAUGGAGGAAGAGGACAGGAGGUUAAAGGAGAGGAUCGACUCGAGGAACAAGCUGGAGAGCUAUGUGUACAACAUGAAGAGCACGGUUGGUGACGGAAAUGGCGUGGGAGGGAAGAUUGGGGAGGAAGACAAGGGGAAGGUGGAGAGGGUUUUGAAGGAAGCAUUGGAGUGGUUGGAUGAGAAUGAAGGGGUGGCUGGGAAGGAUGAUUAUGAUGACAAGCUGAAGGAAGUUGAGGAUGUGUGUAAUCCGGUGAUCAAGGGAGUUUAUGAACAGCAGCAGCAGAGUGGAAGGAGUGAUGGUGAAGAAGAUGAUGAAGAGGGUUCUUAUGACGAGCUAUAGGCUUACAGACUAACUGUCAUGGUUAAUGGAUUAUAAAGAUUGUUCUAUGUAGUUUACUUCUUUGGGUUAUAGGUUUUGAGUUUGAAUGUUGAUUACUUUAUUUGACUGGGAUUAAUUAAGGUGUAAAAUAGAUCUUGCUUCGUUUUUUAUUUAUUAAGUUUUUAUAUAUUUGAUUACAAAUGAAACUGGUGCAUUAUACUGAC